CUCGGAGCUGGGGGAUGAAUGGCUCCUCCCCCUCCUCUCUCUCUCCUCCCCCUUCUCCUCCCCCCUCCCCUCUCUCCUCUCUCCUCCUCUCUCCUCUCUGCCUCAGAGUCUCUCGGAGCUGGGGGAGGAAUGGCGGCCCCUCGGAGUCUCCUGGUCUUGCUUCUUCUUCUGUGUUUCUGUGGGUCGACGAGUCUGACUUCCGGCGGCAGGAGGUCGAACCAGGAGCGAUGCGGCGUCAAGGUGCAGUCCGGCGCAGAUGGAGGUCGCAGGUCGGCCGUCACCUUCAGAGCCGACAACUGUUCACUCAACUACCCGUUGGGGAAACACGUGAUCCACGAGGUCGCCAACGUCUCCUUCAGCCACCUGGCCUGUGAGGACCAGGCCGGCGUGGUCGUCCACUGGGCCCCAAGUCCGCUAGGCAUCGAACACAUCAAGGGCUUCAGGGUUUAUCUGGAGGACAAGAAUCCGGAGGGGAAGCAGUGUCAACAUCUCCUCCUCAAGGACCCGCGACAGCUCAACUUCUCCCACAAGAACACGAAGAUGAGCAGUCAACCGUUCAGCGGUUUGACCUUUGACACAGACUACAUGGUCCGCGUCGUCCCGUUCCCGACGCUGAUGAACGAGAGCUUCUUCCCGCCGUCCUUCCUCAGGACCAACUCGUGUGAAGUCCUCCUGGGAUCGGGCAACCUGGUUUGCAAACCAUUCUGGAAGCCGAAGACCCUGAACGUGUCGCAGCUGGGAUCGAACCUGCACGUGGCGUUCGACCAGGCUCCGCCCUCCUUCGGCUUCCACUUCUACUACCUGUACUACAAACUGCGGCACGACGGACCUUUCAGGCUGCAGCGCUGCAAACAUGACGUGAACCAGCCCAGGACUACGUGCGUCCUCCAGGACGUCUCUCCGGGAACCUACACUAUAGAGUUGAGGGACGAGAACAACACGACAAGGAGGCAGACGCAGUACCACGUGAGCCAGGUCCUCUCCCCCUGGGCGGGGCCUAUCCGCGCCAUGGCCAUCACGGUGCCUCUGGUCGUCAUGUCCGCCUUCGCCACCCUCUUCACCGUCAUGUGUCGUAAGAAGCAGCAAGAGAACAUCUACAGCCAGCUGGAUGAGGAGAGCAGCGAGUCGUCCAACCAAAGCGCGGCGCUGAUCGCGGAGCGCCCGUGGCCUCGUCCCAAGGUCUUCAUCUGCUACUCCAACAGAGACUGUCCCAAGCACACCAGCGUCAUCCAGAGCUUCGCCUACUUCCUGCAGGACUUCUGCAACUGCGAGGUCGUGUUGGACUUGUGGGAACAUCUGGAGAUGUGCAAAGAGGGUCAGAUGUCGUGGCUCAGCAGAGAGCUGGACGACGCCCACUUCAUCAUCACCGUCUGCUCAAAAGGACUACGCUACUACGUGGAGAAGAAGAGUCGUCGAGGGAAGACUCCAGUGAGCCGCCGCAGUAAUAACAGCAGCAGCAGCUCUCCGAUUGGUGGAUCCGCCGGUGACCUGUUCACAGUGGGCGUGGCCAUGAUCGCCGAAAAGCUGCGCAUGGCGAAGCAGAGCGAGGGCGACGGCGGCGCUCAGGAGCUGAGCCGCUACAUGGCGGUUUACUUCGACUACUCGACGGAAAACGACAUCCCCACCAUGUUGAGUCUGGCUCCCAGGUUCAAGUUGAUGGACCAGCUGCCGCAGCUCUUCAGUCGGCUCCACUCGGGUCACUCGGGUCUGUCGGAGCGCGAGCAGCAGCCGCUCAACGUCUCGCGGAGGAACUACUUCAGGAGCAAGUCGGGACGCUCGCUCUACGUCUCCAUCUGCAACAUGCACCAGCACGUCGGCCAGAACCCCGACUGGUUCGAGAGGCAGCUGGCUCCCGCCGCCGGGUCCUCCGGCGUCUCUGCGAAACACGCCCGUCUCCCGGCGGUCCCGGCUACGAGCCCCUCUCCUCCUCCUCCUCCUCCUCCUCCAAAGUCUCACUGCUCCUCCUCCUCCUCGUCUUCCUCCUCCUCGUCGCCCCGGCCCGAGAAGAGGUUUGACUCCGGCUUGGUGCUAAACGAGGUGUUGGUGCGGACGCCGUCGCUGGAGGGCGGGAACGUGGUCCCGAGACGGAACGUGCUCCUGCUGGCACCCGGCACCGGUGCCAGUCCUGGUCCUGGUUCUGGUCCCUGCCCUAGUCCCGGUCCCAGUCCUGGACUCUGUCCCAGUCCAGGUUUGCCGCGCUGCUCUCUGUCCAUGCUGGGAGCCACUUCAAGGUCCACUUCUGGAAUGUCUGGACUUUCACCUGAAGAAUCUUCCUCCUCCUCGUCCACUCCGUUCAUCCUCCAGGAAGAGGCGUGUCCUGUCCCCGGCCAAUCAGAAGAAGAAGAAGAAGAAGAAGGCCGCCCCGCCCCUCCAGAGUUGCCCCCUCCUCGCGACUCGGGCAUCUACGAUUCCUCCGUCCCGUCCUCGGAGCUCUCCAUCCCCCUGAUGGAGGGACUGUCGUCGCACGACCAGGCGGACACGUCCUCCGUGGCCGACAGCGAAUCCUCUUCGUCGGGUCUCGGCGACGAGGAGCCGUCGGUCGUGGCGUCGCUCCGCUGCAGCGCUGCCGCAGUCUGCAAAGCGGAGCUGCACCAUCACCGCCACCUGGAGCAUGGCGAGGGGCUCGCUCCCGUGGCGUCGCUGUAGGAGCAACGACGACGCCUCCAGCCAUUCAGAAGAGGACCAGAGAAAAACAACACACUGGUCGUGGACUUGAAUCUUUUCUCAGAAGACAUUCGAGUGAAAAUGACUCUACUGUACCGUGGAGACCUGAGUCUCAUCCUCUGUAACCGUGGUAACCGUUCCAUGCUAGGACGCUGGGGAUAAUGAUGAUACCACUUUUUUCCAGAACAUCACAUCACUGUGGUAACUAUGGAAACCCCCGCCUGUAAACUGUGGUAACCGGGUAGCUUUUUAGAACACUAGUCCUCGGUAGUUAUGGCAACCACUUCAAUUCUAGAACACUGGUUCUUACAGCAGCUAGAGCUCUACACACGACACUGUUCCCCUGGGAACCGUGGUCGACCGCCGGGUCGGAGGACGUUAGUCCACGGUAACCGUGGUAACUACGACUGCUUUCUGGAAUAAUAGUCCAAGUAACUAUCCACUAGUAAACUAGUAACCACUGAGUGCUAGAACACUAGUCCUGAGUAACAGAGGAAAUAACAGGUCUCGCCCUCAAGCCAUGAGGAUUCUUAGAGGACCUGGUCUCCAGAUGGGGGCCGAGCAGACCGGUUCAGACCGGUUCAGACUAGACACUGCCUCAGACGCUGCGUCUCGAUUGGCCGAUUGAUGGCGGCUCGCUCACUCACUCACGAGCUGAUGUUUGGCACAAGGACGUGGAGAGGUUUUCCACGGUAACGGCGCCGUACGGGAUCCAAGCAGCUUCCCGAAGUUCUGGCGUCCACAAAGACUAUUUCUUUAACACAAAAGUUGCAGAAUAUAUUUUUGACAGCUCGAGGACGGCUAUGAAGGAAAUUGGCGUAAUUUUCUGUUUUAUUUCAGACGAAGCAUUUUAACAUGAAACUCCCCCUUAAAACAGUUUAUGACACUUUAUCAUUAUUCAUUUUUUUAAGAGCGCUGAUUGUUUUUUUCCCUUCUGUAAUAUGUUUUAACAGCAUUCUAAAAAUGUUUUCAACGUAGACGUAGCGGCUUCACAUUUGACCCUGACCACUGCCCGAUCACAAAUCAUCAAAAACCGUCAAAAAUAAUUUUCAUAAACUGUUGAGUAACUGUAGUGAAACCUGCUAAUGUGAUGGAUAUCAAACUUCUACACUAUAAUAUAUUAAAUACUGUGGUUAAACUAUUGACUAUUAAUGUCGCAUUUAUAGUUUAUAUAUAUUUCUUAAAGCUUUGUAAAAAGGAACGAGGGCAUUUAAAAAAAAAAAACCACUUUGAAAACAUAAUUUGUACAAGAAAUAAAUACAUUUAGAAAAUAUUGACUGUGUCAAACUUUGGCGCCAAAGUCAUAAAAGGAUUUACAGUAAAAGGAAAAAUCAUUAUUUUAAUAAUUCUCAAAUUUCCAUAUUUAAAAUGGACGCCUCUCCCUCGUUGAUCCUGUGAUGAACAUUCGACAUUAUGUCUGAAGGACAAUGUGACUUUGGAGUUAUUGAUUCUUUUAAUUUUUAGCAGCAGCUGCAGAUAAUAAUAUUUUUUUUAAUUUUCUGACACAAACAUCACAACCUCAUCUGCAGCUCUUGAGUUUAUUUUUGAAGGGAUGAUUUAACAUUUCCUACUUGUAAAUAAUAUUUGUAAUUUGCUUUUUUUUAUAUAUAUAUAUAUAUAUAUAAACAUAUUUUUUCUUUUUCUUUGGAAAUGUCCAUCGCUUCAAUCGUUGUAUAGUUUAAGACAGUUGUAUGUUCCUAUUUUUUAUACAUUGUUAUGAAAGAAAAGUACUGUUUUAUAGUACCUUCAUGUAGAGAAUAAAAAAGGUCUGUCUUAUAAAACA